AUGGCCAGUGGAAAGGCUUUGGUCGAUCUACUUUCCGAGGAGAUUUGCAGGAUACUAGAGGAGAGGGCAAAGGCCCAAGCCACUGCCGAUCUGGAAUUUGCCCUGGCAUGCUUCGAGAUGGAUCAGCAAGGAACUACCAAGAAGAUCAAAGAUGUCCACUUCGACCCUCUUCCUACUAUAUCUACAUAUGAGAUUGGCCCCGAUUGCUAG